AUGAAGCCUGCAGCCAUUCUCGCCACUCUAGCUUGCUUCUACCCAGCAACCUCUGCAGGACCCAUCGCCUACGGAAUCUGUCAAGCUGGCUGCUCAGGCGUCGUCAUGGCUUGCUAUGCCGCAGCUGGCUACACUUGGGGAGCCACACUCGGUGCUUCCGCACCAGCAUCAAUCGUCGCUUGCAACGGCGCUUUUGGAACCUGCUCUGCAGCAUGUGCCAAGAUAGGUCUCUUCGCCCCGACGCCAUAG